GCAGCAGUGCAAUCGUGGUCCAGUAAAUUUGUAAAUGGUUGAAAAAGUGAAAGCGGAAGCAGGUGAAAGGUGUACUAAUGAAAUAAGCUUCCACUGCAAGACACAUUUUUCAGCUUUCCUGCUCUGACAAUGGGAAAAGUUUCGAAACAGAAGCAACAGAAAGCCAUUCAUCCGAACAGUAGAAAGGCACAGCAGCUGGGAAGGAAACAGAUACACAAGAACAAGGUUAAAGAGCGAAAGAAGCAACUUACAAGCAAGUUGAGGACGAAGCUUGACAAGCUAGCCUGGUUCCACAACAACAUUGCAGAAGUGGAAACAAGACCAUCACCAGAGGAGUUCCAUAAUCUAAUUGAAAAGUACUUCCACAGAUUUGAUGACGAGCUAGAGCAUGUGCGUACCAUUGAGGAUAUCAGGGGCACUACGCUUCAGUACAAGGGGCGCAUGGAUGCCAUCAAGAUGACAUCGGAGAAGGAAACUACAGACUACAUGACAUGUGGCCUAGAGGUUCCCGAUUUGUUGAAUGCUGAAGCGUACAGGAUAUUCAGGGAAUGGGAUGGCAGCUCAGUAUCAUACUUUCCAAAAAUCACCAUGAAGAUGUACAGCAAAGCUAUGUUGGAAACAAUAGCAUCGAGAAAAAAUUGAAAACUAGCUUCAUAAAUAAAAUCCGCCUUUCACA